CGCUUUAUCUGAAGACUGUGUAGUGGGCAGAGAUGAGAGAGAAGUAAGAGAGAGGGAGAGAGGAGAGGUACCCGUAUGAAAGGAAAAAGCAGCUUUGUCUUUUGUACCCCUUAAUUUGCAUUUAAUUCAAUUCUAUUCAAAGGAUUCGUCCCUUCUCUCUCUUGGACUACAACCGACUCGCUGCUCCUGGCGGACAAAGGAGAAAAAGAAAUGAUUUUACGUGGAAGAAACAGAAGGCGGUUUCGCCAUUAAUGGGGUUUUGGAGAGCUAGUGGCGCAAAAGACAAAGCUUCUUCCAGGCACUUCCAAGUCUCGCCAUGGCUUACACUAAUAACAAGACCAACAACCAAGCCAGCACUCCUCACAUGGAUUCACUCCCACUUCAUCAAAUUCAAGACCACCGCAUCUCUUUCGGAAUGAUGCAAUCUUCUUCCUCCUCUUCCAUCCCGGCCGCCAAUUUUCUAAGUAAGGAUUCCGGAGCUUACGAUUUAGGCGACUUGGAUCAAGCACUUCUUUUGUAUCUCGACGGACAGGCCGACCCUUCCUCCAUUAAUGUUCAGGACCAAAGACAGAACUCAUCAUCGUCGGGAAUGAGGCCUCCGACUCUCAACAUUUUCCCGUCUCAGCCUAUGCACGUAGACCCGCCUUCAUCCAAGGCUAGCGUGGAGUUGGUUUCUCCCCAGAGCAGUGGUUCCAAGAGACCAUCGGAGCCGCCCAUGAAGUUGUCUAGCUCGCAAAACGAAGGCCCCGCCGCCGCGAAUCAAUCAGCCAAAGCUGUCAAGCGGGACAGCACUCGCAAGGGCCCAACCUCAAGCUCUGAACAGGAAGGGCCUAGAACACCUGAUCCUAAGACACUUAGGAGACUAGCUCAGAAUAGAGAGGCAGCUAGGAAAAGCAGGCUUAGAAAGAAGGCAUAUGUGCAGCAGCUAGAGUCAAGCAGGAUCAGACUGAAUCAGCUGGAACAGGAGUUGCAGCGUGCUAGAGCUCAAGGCAUAUUCUUCGGAGGAUCGGGUGCAAUUUUUGGAGGAGAGCAAGGCCUUCCUGUGGCUAUGAGUACCGUUAGCUCAGAUGCUGCAAUGUUCGACGUGGAAUACGGGAGAUGGGUAGAGGAGCACCAGCGGCUAGUGUGCGAGCUGAGAGCGGCGGUUCAAGAGCACCUGCCGGAGAACGAGCUGAGGCUGUUCGUGGACAACUGCCUUGCUCACUGUGACCAAGUUAUGAACCUCAAGAGCAUUGUGGCUAAAACCGACGUCUUCCACCUUGUUUCCGGCAUGUGGAAGACUCCCGCCGAGCGUUGCUUCAUGUGGAUCGGUGGAUCUAGGCCCUCCGAACUCAUUAAGAUAAUCCUAAGUCAAAUAGAGCCGCUGACGGAGCAACAAAUACUUGGGAUAUGUGGACUGCAACAAUCCACGCAGGAGGCAGAAGAUGCACUCUCACAAGGGCUGGAAGCUCUGAAUCAAUCUCUCUCGGAAACCAUAACGUCAGACUCCUUGAGCUGCACCCCUAAUAUGGCCAACUACAUGGGACAAAUGGCCCUGGCCAUGAAUAAGCUCUCCACCCUCGAAGGUUUCGUCCGACAGGCGGAUAGUCUUCGGCACCAAACGAUCCACCGUCUGAAUCAGAUCCUAACGACGCGUCAGUCGGCGAGGUGUUUGCUGGCCAUGGCGGAGUACUCUUAUCGUCUGAGAGCCCUCAGCUCUCUGUGGGUCGCUCGCCCUCGUCAGGACUAAGCAGCCAGUGGCUUCUGGGAUUAAUCAAGCGGCACAGUAUAAUAUCAUCAGCCUUAAUUAUAUUUAAUAUAUAUAUACACACAUAGCCAUGACUAGUUUUGUUGUAGCUGCUUCUUCUUCAUUUUUCCGAAGAAUAUUAUCUAAUCUCCGUGCUGCUAGCUACCUUUAAUUUGUUUCUUACCAGAACUGUAUAGAUAUAGCCAGCUAGUUAAUAUAGAAUUCAAAUGUUGACUCAGUUUGACCUACCUCUCUCUGUCUGUGAUCUUGAUGGCUCACCGCCGGAAGACGAUUACGCGAAUGCUUUGCGGCCAUUUCUGACUGAGAAAAGGAGUGAGAAGAGGGAAUGAAUGUGGAAAAAAAAAGAAAAGGGGAGAGAGUGAUCCAUAUGACUUUUGUUGGGUCACAGCGUGCCAUUGAUGAACAUCGAGACUCUACAUUAGGUCCCAAUUCUAAUUUAUUUCUCGGAUCUUUAUCUUCCUCUGCUUUUCGUUUGUUUUAAAUUAUAUGGUGGUCCGUUCUCUUGAGGGUGGCAGCAGACAGUCAAUUUAUCUUGUCACAAGCCAAAUUAAA